AUGGUGAGGCAACUGACCAGGAGGGUAAGGCGCUGUCGCCGAUGGCGCAGAAGACGAAAGGCAGGGCCAGCAAGCAAUCGGCAUCCCUCACCUGGCAAGACAAGGUACGAGGAUGAUUCGCAAAGUGGAUCAGCGUCGGCAAACGACACGCGUGUGCGCUCCUUGCUUGAAGCAGGUGUCAAGCGGUAUGGAGACUGGUAUACAGAUCUCUUUCGUCUGGAGAUGAGCUUGACAAAUGGUCGUAACCAAAGUACACGGGAACGCUGCUCAUUUGGCAAAUUUGCCGAGGAACUCAGCAUGGGUCUUGAGCUUCUCAGGGAUCGCCAGAUUGUGUUGCUAUGUUUUGCGGAUUUGCCUGCAGAUGAGUUUGGCGAGGAAGGGUCACGCCUCAUUGCUUAUCAGGCAUCAAGCAGAGAGGGUCCUCAGGUCAGAAGGAUGAUGAUUGAGAGCCAUGAUAUGGAACGCUUUGCCAAUUUGAGCAAGCUGCUUCGCAGGAAGCCCUUGCCGAAGUCAGGCCGCGAGCGGCUGCAGGGCGUAGCCAGUGACUUGGAGCAAUCCAUCUUGGGUCCUAUUGAUCAUGUCAUACAGGGCGCCAGUGCGCUCAUAUUCAUUGCCUCAGGUCGAUUUGCAGACGUUCCGCUGGGUGCAAUAUUGUGCCAUGGCCAGCCACUCAUGCUAAGACUUCCCACAACCUAUGCUGCCUCACUUUCAGACAUGAGCAGAAUGACGCACAGAGUCCCGGCAUUGCGCGAUAGCGAUUGUAUCGUUGCUUCCGCAACACACACUCAAGCCCAAAAUGGCACAUUGCCGCCUGUGCCUCUGGCAGGAAUUGAGGCAGCAAUGCUGCGUGGGAUGUUAUCUGAGGAUUCCACCGUGGAGAGAUCUGGGUGGACAUCGCAAGAGAUUCCAGUGAGGUGUUUGGCGGAGGCUACUUGCGAGGAGCUCUUAGAUUGUGUUCGGGAUUAUUGCAUCGAAGCUGAGUUACAAAGCACUUGGUUCGAAGAAUGCAUGGGCACUCCGCCCGAAUUGCUGGCACUCUUCCACUAUUCAGGACAUGUCGAUGCUUGCAAGUCCAGCAGUGACGCACCUGGAUUCACAGAUGGUGGGGCAGGGGAAGAGCCGGCAAAGCAGCUCCUCCUGACGGAUGGCACGGAAGGCUUGAGUGGCAUGCUUGGCGCUUUCAAACAGUACGCCUCGCUGGUGUGCGUCUCGGCUUGCUGUGGUGAUGAGCUGUCUGCCCAUCAGAGUAGGUAUUCCUUGACGGGGGCGACCUGGGGUCAUGAGGACUCCGCUACAGUUGUGUGCUGCACCUGGCCCUUGGAAGACGUGGCAGGCUUGAUCAUGAGUCGAGACCUUUAUACUUACCUGGUGAAGAGAGAGCCCGACGAAGUGGGACAAGGAGUUGCUGAAGCCCUGCAGUGCGCGACACGAGCGAUGACGUUCCGCACGCGCAAGGACCUCGAGGCAGAAGCGAAGCUCCUGGAGAAUGAGCUGCAGUCAUGCGGCUCAGAGUCCGAGGGUCACCUUGCCACGCGUGGACUGGCAGCAUUGCGAGGCAACACUCAGUGGCUACAAGCUAGCUCUUCUUCUUCUUCUUCUUCAGAUGAUGAGACACCGAUGCCUGAAGUCUGGAGGGGCAGUGGCGUUGAUGAGCCAGGCACCACAUCGGUGCACAACCGAGUUGGCAACUCCGGCGCCGGACAAGAAGACCGGUUCUACCUUUCCUGCCUCUGGCCAUUUCUGUGGGCUGGCUACAGGUGUUAUGGCAUUCCCUUGCUGCGUGCCUCACCACAUGUGUCGCCAGAUGGCUCGGCUGCUGUAAGUUCGGCGUCAGAUUCUGAAGCAAGCUCUUUCAAUGAUGAAUGA